CUCCCCGUCCUCCGCACGAUGGGUGUUGGCCCGAGGAAGCUGGCUGCCCUCUGGGCCCUGGCUCUUGCCCUGGCCUGUGCCCAGCACACAGGCUGGGCCCAGCACAGCUCUGCCGAACCCGGGGAUGAGCACCUGCACCUCCGUCCUGGCCCCCAGGGGCCCAGCGGCCACGCACCCCUUGGGGUGACCAUCCUCCCGCCUCUGAGGACCACUCCCGUGGUGCGAGCCUCGAACCCGGCGCACAACGGGCGGGUCUGCAGCACGUGGGGGGACUUCCACUACAAGACCUUCGACGGCGACAUCUUCCGCUUCCCCGGCCUCUGCAACUACGUCUUCUCGGCGCACUGCGGGGCCGCCUACGAGGACUUCAACAUCCAGCUGCGCCGCGGCCCGGAGCCCAGCGCCAGCGCCCUCCGCAGGGUCACCAUGAAGCUCAACGGCCUGGUCCUGGAGCUGACCGAGAACUCCAUCCUGGUCAACGGUCACCCGACUCGGCUGCCCUUUAGCCAGUCCGGGGUCCUGGUGGAGCGCAGCGCCAGCUACCUGAAGGUGGUGGCCAGGCUGGGCCUGGUCCUCAUGUGGAACCAGGACAACAGCCUCCUGCUCGAGCUGGACAUCAAAUACGCCAACCAGACCUGUGGGCUCUGCGGAGACUUCAACGGUGUCCCUGUCUUCAACGAGUUCUUCUCCCACAAUGCCAAGCUGACCCCCAUCGAGUUUGGAAGCCUGCAGAAGAUGGACGGCCCCAUGGAGCAGUGUCAGGACCCCGUCCCUGCGCCCCCAGUGAACUGCUCUGCGGGCUUGGGCCUCUGCGAGGAGCUCCUGAGGGGCGAGCUGUUCCUGGGCUGCACCCCCCUGGUGGACGCCGGCAGCUUCCUGCAGGCCUGCCAGCAUGACCUCUGCCUCUGCGAGCACCUGGACCUCACCCGCUGCGCCUGCCACACCCUCGCCGAGUUCUCCCGCCAGUGUGCCCACGCGGGGGGGCUGCCCCUGGACUGGCGGGGGCCCGACCUCUGCCCCCAGACCUGCCCCCACAACAUGCAGUACCGAGAGUGCGGCUCGCCCUGCGCUGACACCUGCUCCAACCUGGAGCACUCCCAGCUCUGCGAGGACCACUGCGUGGCCGGCUGCUUCUGCCCGGAGGGGAUGGUGCUCGAUGACAUCGGCCAGGCUGGCUGUGUCCCUGUGUCUCAGUGUCCUUGUGUGUACAACGGAGCCACCUAUGCCCCGGGGGCUGUCUACUCCACAGACUGCACCAACUGCACCUGCUCCGGAGGCCGGUGGAGCUGCCGGGAGGUUCCGUGCCCGGGCACCUGCUCGGUGCUGGGCGGCGCCCACAUCUCCACGUUCGACGAGAGGCUGUACACGGUGCACGGGGACUGCAGCUACGUGCUGGCCAAGCCCUGUAACAGCAGCGCCUUCACGGUCCUGGCGGAGCUGCGCAGGUGCGGACUGACGGACAGCGAGACCUGCCUGAGGAGCGUGACGCUGAGCCUGGGCGGGGGCCAGACGGUCGUGGUGGUCAAGGCCGGCGGGGAGGUGUUCGUGAACCAGAUCUACACCCAGCUGCCCGUCUCAGCAGACGACAUCAUACUCUUCAGACCCUCCACCUUCUUCAUCAUCGCCCAGACCCACCUGGGCCUGCAGGUGGACAUCCAGCUGGUGCCCACCAUGCAGGUGUUUCUGAGGCUGGCGCCCGAGCUCCGGGGGCUGACCUGCGGUCUCUGCGGGAACUUCAACCAGAACCAGGCCGACGACUUCCGGACCCUCAGCGGCGUGGUGGAGGGCACGGCCGCCGCCUUCGCCAACACCUGGAAGACCCAGGCCGGUUGCCCCAACGUCAAGAACAGCUUCGAGGACCCCUGCUCCCUCAGCGUGGAGAACGAGAAAUACGCUCAGCACUGGUGCUCCCUGCUGACAGACCCGCAGGGCCCCUUCGCCCAGUGCCACGCCGCUGUGAACCCCGGCUCCUACCACUCGAACUGCCUGUUCGACACGUGCAACUGUGAGAAGAGCGAGGACUGCCUGUGCGCCGCCCUGUCCUCCUACGUCCACGCCUGCGCCGCCCGGGGCGUGCUGCUCAGCGGCUGGAGGGCCGGCGUCUGCACGAGGCCCAUGGACACCUGCCCCAAGGCGAUGACCUACCGCUACCACAUCAGCAGCUGCCAGCCCAGCUGCCGGGCCCUGAGCAGCGAGGACCCCACCUGCGGCAUCAGCUUUGUGCCCGUGGACGGCUGCACCUGCCCCCACGGCACCUUCCUGGACAACACGGGCAGCUGUGUGCCCGCCGAGGCCUGUCCCUGCUACCUCGGGGACUCCGUGGUCCCCAAUGGGGAGUCUCUGCACGAGCGUGGGGCUGUCUGCACCUGCACACAGGGCACACUGACCUGCAUUGGAGGCCACACCCCCGACCCAGCCUGUGCCCCGCCCAUGGUCUACUCCGACUGUCGCAAUGCCACGCUGGGGACCUCCGGGGCCGGUUGUCAGAAGAGCUGCCACACCCUGGACAUGCACUGUUACAGCCCCCAGUGCGUGCCUGGCUGCGUGUGUCCCAACGAGUUGGUGGCCGACGGUGAGGGCGGCUGCAUCGCUGUGGCCGACUGCCCCUGUGUGCACAACCAGGCCAGCUACCAGGCCGGCCAGACCAUCCGGGUGGGCUGCAACACCUGCACCUGUACGAGCCGGGUGUGGCAGUGCACAGACAAGCCCUGCCCGGCCACCUGCGCCGUGUACGGGGACGGCCACUAUCUCACCUUCGACGGGCAGCGCUACAGCUUCAACGGGGACUGCGAGUACACGCUGGUGCAGGACCACUGUGGUGGGAACGGCAGUGCCCAGAACGCCUUCCGCGUGGUCACCGAGAACGUCCCCUGUGGCACCACGGGGACCACCUGCUCCAAGGCCAUCAAGAUCUUCCUGGGGAGCUACGAGCUGAAGCUGAGUGAUGGGCAAGUGGAGGUGAUCGAGAAGGGCGCGGGGCCCGAGGCUCCCUACUCCAUCCGCCAGGUGGGCAUCUACCUGGUGGUGGACACCGAGGCCGGCCUGGUGCUCCUGUGGGACAAGAAGACAAGCAUCUUCCUCAGACUCAGCCCCGAGUUCAAGGGCAGGGUCUGCGGGCUGUGCGGGAACUUCGAUGACAACGCCAUCAACGACUUCACCACGCGGAGCCAGUCCGUGGUGGGCGACGCUCUGGAGUUUGGCAACAGCUGGAAAUUCUCCCCCACCUGCCCUGACGCCCCGGCCCCCAGGGACCCCUGCACCGCCAACCCCCACCGCAAGUCCUGGUUCCAGAAGCAGUGCAGCCUCAUCAACAGCCCCACCUUCCAGGCCUGCCAGGCCCAUGUGGAGCCGACCAAGUACUACGAGGCCUGUGUGAUCGAUGCCUGUGCCUGUGUGGGGGGCGACUGCGAGCGACUCUGCACCGCUGUGGCCGCCUACGCCCAGGCCUGCCACGACGUGGGCGUCUGCGUGUCCUGGCGCACCCUGGACACCUGCCCCCUGUUCUACGACUACUACAACCCCGAGGGCCAGUGUGAGUGGCACUACCAGCCCUGUGGGGUGCCCUGCAUGAAGACCAGCCGGAACCCCCGUGGCCUGUGCCUGCAGGACACACCAGGCCUGGAAGGCUGCUGGUCCAAGUGCCCACCAGAGGCCCCAAUCUUCAAAGAGGACAACAUGCAGUGUGUGGCCACAUGCCCGUCCCUGCCCCCACCGCCACCCUGCCAAGUCCAAGGCAAGUUGUACCGGCCCGGGGCAGUGGGGCCCUCGGACAAGAACUGCCACUCCUGUGACAUUUGCACUGAGAGCGGCGUGCGGUGCACCUACAACCCCGAGGCCUGUGUCUGCACCUAUGACUGGCGGCACUUUCAUCCCGGGGACGUCACUUACCACACGAGGGACGGCACGGGGAGCUGCAUCUCUGCCCGCUGCGGCGCCAAGGGCACCAUCGAGAGGAGCGUCCAUGCCUGCAGCCCCAGCACCCCCAGCCCCCCACCCCCGACCACCUUCUCCUUCUCCACAGGCCCGAUCGGUGAGGCGGACGUGCCCGGUUCCCUGCAGGCUGUCCCGCUGCCUGAGACUCCAUCAGGAGGGGCCCAGGAGUGGGCAGAGGACAGUCGCCCCACAGUCCAGAAGGUUCGACAGGUCCACCCGCCAUGCACCCCAGCCCUGCCACGAGCCCAGUACCCACCGCCACACCCCCGGCCAGCCUGUGGGGAAGACUGCCAGUGGUCACGGUGGCUGGAUGUCAGCCGCCCAGGACGGGGCGUCGACAGCGGCGACUUCGACACUCUGGACAACCUCCGUGCCCACGGGUACCAAGUUUGCCAGGCCCCGCGGGCGGUGGAAUGCCGCGCGGAGGACGCCCCUGACGUGCCGCUGCAGGUCCUGGGGCAGCGCGUGGAGUGCAGCUCGGCGGUGGGGCUGGUCUGUUACAACCGGGACCAGGUCUCCGGCCUCUGCGACAACUACCAGCUCAGGGUCCUGUGCUGCUCUGCCCGGGCCUGCCCCACCUCCCGGGGCCCAGCCCACAGCACCCCGCCCGCCACCGAUGAGACAGCGCGCACUGCGCCCACCCCAGGGCCCACCUCUGUGCUGACAGAGAGCACAGCUCCCCCAGCCCCCGUCACCACAACCGGCCCCACCACUUCCUCUACAACUAGCAAAACACCUGCCCCGGGCACCUCCCCACCUGCCCCGGGCACCUCUCCACCUGUGAAAACAACUCUCUCAACCUCCACCCCAAAGCCAGCCUCAGCGACGGCUUCGACCACAGCCUCCGCGGGGACCAGCGCCCCAGGACCCUGUAGGCAGAGGUGGUGCAGCUGGACCGAGUGGCUGGAUGGCAGCUACCCCGGGGCUGGUAUCGACAGUGGAGAUUUCGACACUUUUCAGAAUUUGCGGUCCAAAGGGUACACCUUCUGCGAGAGGCCCAGCGAGGUGCAGUGCCGGGCAGCGCGCUUCCCGUACACGCCGCUGGCCGAGCUGGGGCAGGACGUGGUCUGCAACAGCAGCGUGGGCCUGGUGUGUCGGAACAGGGACCAGCUGCCCCCCAUCUGCUACAACUACCAGAUCCGGAUCCAGUGCUGCGAGUGGGUGGACGUAUGCAGAGAGAGGACCACCCCACCCGUGACAUCUGAGACCACGCACUCAACCCCACACGAAACCACGGGAGUCUCCUUGACCUCCACGCAACACCAGAGUAGCAGCUCCGUGCAUGUGCCCCCAGCAACCAAAACUGUACCCAGCACACAUGUCAUCACGCCACCUGGGACCACCACCUGCCAGCCACAGUGCACGUGGACCAAGUGGUUCGACGUGGACUUCCCGUCCCCGGGGCCCCAUGGCGGAGACCAGGAAACCUACAGCAACAUCGUCCAAAGUGGAGAGAAAAUUUGCCGCCGGCCCGAGUACAUCACCGACCUGGAGUGCCGAGCCGAGAACCACCCUGAGGUCAGCAUCGAGGGGCUGGGCCAGGUCGUGCAGUGUAACCCCGACACGGGCCUGGUGUGCCACAACCGAGACCAGGUGGGCAGAUUCCGGAUGUGCCUCAACUACGAGGUGCGCGUGCUGUGCUGCGAGCCCCGGGAGGGCUGCCCUACCUCUGAACCGGUCAGAAGUGUGAGCAUCACCAGUCCUACUAAGACCACGUCUCACGUGGCUACAUCCAGGACCACCUCCGUGCCAACCACCUCCGUGCCAGAAACCAGUACCACCUCCGUGCCAACCACCCCCGUGCCACAAACCAGCACCACCCCUGUGCCAGAAACCAGCACCACCUCUGUGCCAACCACCUCUGUGCCAGAAACCAGUACCACCUCCGUGCCAACCACCCCCGUGCCAACCACCUCUGUGUCAACCACCCCCGUGCCAGAAACCAGCACCACCCCUGUGCCAACCACCUCUGUGCCAGAAACCAGCACCACCUCCGUGCCAACCACCCCCGUGCCAACCACCUCUGUGUCAACCACCCCCGUGCCACAAACCAGCACCACCCCUGUGCCAGAAACCAGCACCUCUGUGCCAACCACCUCCGUGCCAGAAACCAGCACCACCUCCGUGCCAACCACCCCCGUGCCAACCACCUCUGUGUCAACCACCCCCGUGCCAGAAACCAGCACCACCCCUGUGCCAACCACCUCUGUGCCAGAAACCAGCACCACCUCCGUGCCAACCACCCCUGUGCCACAAACCAGCACCACCUCCGUGCCAACCACCUCCAUGCCAACCACCUCUGUGCCAGAAACCAGCACCACCUCUGUGACAACCAUCCCCGUGCCAAUCACCCCUGUGCCAGAAACCAGCACCACCUCCGUGCCAACCACCACCAUGCCAAUCACCCCUGUGCCAGAAACCAGCACCACCUCCAUGCCAACCACCUCUGUGCCAGAAACCAGCACCACCUCCGUGACAACCACCACCAUGCCAAUCACCCCUGUGCCAGAAACCAGCACCACCUCCAUGCCAACCACCUCUGUGCCAGAAACCAGCACCACCUCCGUGCCAACCACCUCCAUGCCAACCACCUCCGUGCCAGAAACCAGCACCACCUCCAUGCCAACCACCUCCGUGCCAGAAACCAGCACCACCUCCGUGCCAACCACCUCCAUGCCAACCACCUCCGUGCCAGAAACCAGCACCACCUCCGUGCCAACCACCCCCGUGCCAAUCACCCCCGUGCCACAAACCAGCACCACCUCAGCUCCCAUCACCACCACAACCCCUAUUCCUACACCUGAGACAACCCACACGACACCCGGGACCACCACCUGCCAGCCACAGUGCACGUGGACCAAGUGGUUCGACGUGGACUUCCCGUCCCCGGGGCCCCAUGGUGGAGACCAGGAAACCUACAGCAACAUCGUCCAAAGCGGAGAGAAAAUUUGCCGCCGGCCCGAGUACAUCACCGACCUGGAGUGCCGAGCCGAGAACCACCCUGAGGUCAGCAUCGAGGGGCUGGGCCAGGUCGUGCAGUGUAACCUCGACACGGGCCUGGUGUGCCACAACCGAGACCAAGUGGGCAGAUUCCGGAUGUGCCUCAACUACGAGGUGCGCGUGCUGUGCUGUGAGCCCCGGGAAGGCUGCCCUACCUCUGAACCGGUUACAAGUGUGAGCAUCACCAGUCCUACUGAGACCACGUCUCACGUGGCUACAUCCAGGACCACCUCUGUGCCAACCACCUCUGUGCCAGAAACCAGCACCACCUCCGUGCCGACCACCCCCGUGCCAAUCACCCCCGUGCCACAAACCAGCACCACCUCAGCUCCCAUCACCACCACAACCCCUAUUCCUACACCUGAGACAACCCACACGACACCCGGGACCACCACCUGCCAGCCACAGUGCACGUGGACCAAGUGGUUCGACGUGGACUUCCCGUCCCCGGGGCCCCAUGGCGGAGACCAGGAAACCUACAGCAACAUCGUCCAAAGCGGAGAGAAAAUUUGCCACCGGCCCGAGUACAUCACCGACCUGGAGUGCCGAGCCGAGAACCACCCUGAGGUCAGCAUCGAGGGGCUGGGCCAGGUCGUGCAGUGUAACCUCGACACGGGCCUGGUGUGCCACAACCGAGACCAGGUGGGCAGAUUCCGGAUGUGCCUCAACUACGAGGUGCGCGUGCUGUGCUGCGAGCCCCGAGAAGGCUGUCCUGUGUCCUCUGUGACCCCGUAUGUGACUUCCAAGCACGUGCCCACUACAGAGUCUCCCUUCGUGGCUCCUACCGUGACCUCACCCAGCUCGGCAGUGCCAUCUACCACGACUUGCUACUGCAGUGUGUCUGACAAGCUCUAUCCCGCAGGGUCCAUCGUGUAUCAGCAGGUCGACCUCAGCGGCCACUGCUACUACGCCCUGUGCACCUUGGACUGCCACGUGGUGCGAAAGGCUGACCGGGUCUGCCCCACCAGCACGCCACCUACCGCCCUGGUGACCUCCCCACCUGGCUCCUCUCCUUCGUCCCCUGUGUCUGUCACGAUACAGGGAUGCCCCAAUGCAGUGCCUCCAAGAACGAAAGGAGAAACCUGGGCCAUGCCCAACUGCUCUCAGGCCACCUGUGAAGGCAACAACGUCAUCACCCUGCAGCCGCGCCCAUGCCCACAGGUGCAGAAGCCAACCUGCGCCAACGGCUACCCUGCCCUGAAGGUGGCCGACCAGGAUGGCUGCUGCCUGCAAUACCAAUGCCAAUGUGUGUGCAGCGGCUGGGGCGACCCCCACUACAUCACCUUCGACGGCACCUACUACACCUUCCUGGACAACUGCACCUACGUGCUGGUGCAGCAGGUGGUGCCCGUGUACGGCCACUUCCGCGUGCUCAUCGACAACUACUUCUGCGACGCGGAGGACGGGCUGUCCUGCCCGCAGUCCAUCAUCGUGGAGUACCGGCGGGAGCGCGUGGUGCUGACCCGCAAGCCCGUGCGCGGGGUGAUGACCAAUGAGAUCGUCUUCAACGGCAAGGUGGUCAGCCCCGGCUUCGGGAAAGGCGGCAUCGAGGUCUCCCAGAUCGGCAUCAAGAUGUACGUGACCAUCCCCGAGAUCGGCGUCCAGGUCAUGUUCACCGGCCUCAUCUUCUCGGUGGAGGUGCCCUUCAGCAAGUUUGCCAACAACACGGAGGGGCAGUGCGGCACCUGCACCAAUGAUCCCAAGGACGAGUGCCGGCUCCCUGGGGGCGCGGUGGUGGCUUCCUGCUCUGACAUGUCCGGGCACUGGAAGGUGUCGAACCCGGACCAACCAUCCUGCCACGGGCCUCCCCCGACGUCCCCUUACGUCUGGCCCACGACCCCUGCCCCGUGCCAGCCCUCGCCUGUCUGCCAGCUGAUUCUGAGCGAGGUCUUCGAGCUGUGCCAUGCCGUGAUCCCCCCGAGCCCGUACCUCGAAGGCUGCCUGUUCGACCACUGUCACGUGACCGACGCCAACGUGGUGUGCUCCUCCCUGGAGCUGUACGCCUCGCUCUGUGCGUCCCACGGCGUGUGCGUGGACUGGAGGAGCUGGACCAACAACACCUGCCCCUUCUCCUGCCCUGCUGACAAGGUGUACCAGCCCUGUGGCCCCUCCAAGCCCUCCUACUGCUACGGGGGCGACAGCACCAGCGCCAGCCUCCUGGCCCUUCAGAACGCUGGCCCGGUCACGGAAGGCUGCUUCUGUCCAGAGGGCACGACGCUCUUCAGCGCGAGCACAGAAGUCUGCGUGCCUACCGGCUGCCCCAGGUGCCUGGGGCCACACGGGGAGCCUGUGGAGGUGACCUCCCACACGGUCAGCGUCGAGGGCCAGGAGUGCACCUGUGGGGGCACGUGGACCAUGAGCUGCCGAAGCUAGCCCUGCCCACUACCCCCCACCUGCCCGGAGCCCGGAUCCGUGCCUGUGCCUGCGGCCCCACAGGCUGGGCAGUGCUGUCCCCAGUACACCUGCGCCUGCAAUGCCAGCUACUGCCCCACGCUCGUGGGCUGCCCCGAGGGCACCCGUCAGAUCCUGACCUAUGAGGACGGGGCCUGCUGCCCAAGCCAAAAGUGCGAAUGGACCGUGUGCAGCGUGAACGGCACCUUGUACCAGCCAGGAGCCGUGGUCUCCUCCAGCCUGUGUGAGACGUGCCGAUGCGAGGUGCCUGGCGGGUCCUCAGACACGUUCCGGAUCAGCUGCGAGACCCAGACCUGCAGCACCCGCUGCCCCCUGGGCUUCGAGUACCAGGCGCAGAGCGGGCGUUGCUGCGGGCAGUGCGUGCAGGUGGCCUGUGUCAUGAACACCAGCGACAGCUCCGCCCACCUCUUCUACCCUGGCGAGUCCUGGUCAGACCCUGGGAACCGCUGUGUGACACACGAGUGUGAGAAGCACCAGAACGGGCUGGUGGUGGUGACCACGAGGAAGGCCUGCCCCUCACUCAGCUGCCCCGCGGACCAGGCUCGGCUGAGCGAAGACGGCUGCUGCCUCGUGUGCCCCCAACCCCCACCCCAGAACAGGUCCACCUGCGCCGUGUACUACAAGCACCAGGUCAUCCGGCUGCAGGGCUGCAGCUCCCCGGGCCCCGUGCGCCUCGCCUACUGCCAGGGCAACUGCGGGGACACCGCCUCCAUGUACUCCCUGGAGGCCCAAGUGCUGGAGCACAGGUGCAGCUGUUGCCGGGAGCUGCGGGCCUCGCCCAGGAACGUGACGCUGCACUGUGCGGACGGCUCCCCCCGGGCCUUCAGCUACACCCAGGUGGAGGAGUGCGGCUGUGUGGACCAGCACUGUGACGCCCACGGCGACCUCGACUACUCCCAGGAGCCAGAGGCCCCACAAAGGCGGGACACCGAGCACAGGCACUAGAGCAGAAGGGCCCGGGCCUUGCCUGCAGCCUGGUGCGGACCCUCCCGUCAGAGCCCCUGCACUCCCAGCCACGCAGCCUCCACGGCCGGGAGCCUGAGCCCUGGGCUGGGUGACCGAGCCUGAGGGCACUGUGCCCCUGCUUCUCCCCUCUCGGGACCCAGCCUGGGUGAGGGCGGGGCGCUCUUCUGGCCGUGGAUCCAGCCGCUGC